AUGCAAAACCAGCCAGCUAUGAAGGAAACUGUCUCCAUCUUCACUCACUCAGCGCUAAACAUUGAGCUUGUGUACCAGCAAGUUUGCAGCAUGGAACAACUCAACUCCUCUGUUGUCCCUUCUAACAUCACAUCCUCUCCUGGACAUCCAUCUCCUGCCUACUGGGUGUCCAGGGGUCUCAUCCCUGCGAUAGUGCUGUCCUUCUGCAUCCUGCUGGGAGUUCCUGGAAACAUCGCUGUGAUCAUCCUCAGACCAAACUGGCAGCACCUGUCCACUCCGAGCCAGAGUUUGAUGCUGAAUUUGGCCAUAUCAGACCUGCUCUGCCUGCUCACCCUGCCGCUGUUGAUUUACAUUUUACUGCACAGCUGGACCCUCGGCCUGGUGACCUGUAAGCUCAUGAAGUAUCUCACGUACUGCAGCAUUUACAGUAGCCUGCUGACUGUGACGGCGCUGAGUGUCCAGCGCUACCUGCAGGUGGUGUACCCACAGAGGGGCUACAGUCAGGUAGGAAAGAGGAGGCUGCUGGUUCGGCUCUGGCUGGUUGCGAUGAUCCUGUCCAUUCCUCCUUUAGUGGUUCAACAGCUGACCACAUACCAGAACUGGACAAUCUGCCAAUCUCACUACUCUUCCCCGGCCCAGCAGAUAGCCGUCCUGCUGGCAGAGUCUCUGCCGGGAUUUGUUUCAAUUAUUGUCGUGAUAAUUGCAUACAGCGGCCUCCACAGAAAAGUGAACCAGGCGGUUUUCUUCAGCAACCCACAGACGACCCGGCUGGUGACAAGUAUCAUCGUGACGUUCUUCAUCCUAUGGGUACCAUAUCAUAUCACAAAUGUGCUCAAUGUGGCAGCAAUUUUGCUCAAAAAUGACGGCCUGUUGAAGUUCUGCAUGGCCAGCUGGAACAUUGUUGGAACACUGAUAUUUUUGAAUAGCUGCCUGAAUCCACUCCUCUAUGCGUUUGCUUCUAGAAACAUGUGCACUUUUUGCCGAAAAAGGGAACAUACUGUUAAUGCAGAAGAGCAGUUGCAGGAAGUCUAAUCAUUUGAUAUAGUAUGAUCGAUAAAAAAAACACCAAAGAGUGAAGAACCUCGAUGAUGAUACGCUUAGAAAAAAAUCAUUUUUGUUCUUGUGGAACAAAAAGGUGUUUUUAGUCAAAGAUCUCACGCUGAUACGCACUUUGAGGGUGUGGUUCUUUCAUUUGUCACAGAGAGCUGCACAAGAUUUGUGGUUUAAUGGUGAUUUUUGAGGUUAUGCAAAGUCUCCCCUCAAAUUCAACUGUGUGCUGAUUAUAACUGGUCUUCAGCCAGAGCUGUACAAAUAGAUAUAAUAGAAAAAUGUUUGUCUCCAAUGUUUAGCAACAGAGAGACAUAGACAGACAAGAGAGAGGGAGAGUGUGCUGGACGGAUAAUCCAAGCAGAUGUGUAAAAUCAUUCAUUAAUUUAUUCUUCUAUAUUUUGUUUGUGACCACUGGAGUCUAGAAACAUUUUCAGGCAGACUAUUUUACCUCUGUAAUAUUUUUUUUUGUAUAUUGUAUAUAUUUUUGCCUCCAGUAAACUGUGAUGAGACAUUGCAACAUGUCACUUUAAACAUAUGCAAAUUACAACACAUUAACAUUAUUAAAAAAGAAAGAUAUAAUGUAUAUCUUAUAUUGCUUUAUGAUAAAUGGGCUUUUGUAAUUUCACGGUCAAAAGUGUUAUUAUCAGCAAUAAUACCACACUGUAAAAAUACUCCAAGUAAAAGUUAUGCAUUGAAAAUGAUACGUAAAGGAAAAGUUUGACAUUUUGUUGGAUGAGAAUGUUCUCGUCUAACUCUCGGCAAGAAAGCAAAUACACAUAUUAGUAGUACAGAAGUAUUAUCAGCAAAAUACACUUCAACUAUGAAAAAAUGCAGAAAAAUGCCCCUGUGACUGUUACAGUAUAUGAUUAUAUAUUAUAUCUUGAAGUAACUGUUACUGAUGCAUAAAUGAUAAGCAGUUUUUUAAUGUCGUUGGUUGAGGUGGAUCUAAUGUUUAACUAGUUUACUGUUGCUGUUGUUCAAUCUAUAACCAUGUACACUGUAGCAGAGUUUAUUCACUCCAAACCUAUAAAAUGCGCCUAAUUUGCAUAUCUUUUUUGUGACAUUUCAAAAUUUCCCUUAAAAUUUGCUUGAAGGUUGAAUGGAAACAUGGCUAUUGUAAUGUCUUCUUAAAAAGGUAUAUGAACAGUGCUCCCGCACAGUAGCAGUGUGCUUCCAAAGAUAACUUCCAGACAAUUUCUCUGUUAUUGUAAAAUGUUUCACUUAAUUGUCUUUACGACCUCUGUGACUACGCUUAGUCUCUGUACAAAUAAUUCUCAAUAAAGCUCUUUGUUGUUCUUCUACUGAUGUGUCUUGUGAUAGCUGGCUACAUCCAUUACUGCAUCUUUUUGUUCUCCUUUCCUUUACACUCUCUCCGGCCUUCACCUUUUGUGCUUUCUUUUCAUUAAUUUCCGGCGGGACUGGAACUGACACUUUGAUAUGUUUGGUGAACCAGCAGGUCUAGGGGGGGUCUUCCAGUGUGUGUGUGGCUGAGAAG